AAGUGUCCGGGCUUUGGAAAACAUCUACCAGGCCUGCGAACCCCGCGGGUGGGUCUGAGCGGCGGAAGUCCGGCUGCAGGAGGCUUCCGGACAUUCCAGCGCCCCCGCCCCCACCUGACCCUGUCCCUCCUGUCCCCUGGAGAGCUAACGCUGUGAAUGGGAGUAAGGAGAGCGCUCCAGGUACCCCAGCCUUUCUUUCUAAGACCUGGAGGGGGGUUCAGCUGCCCCUCUGCCCACCCCAGGACAUGGCAGCUGUGAGGCCCGGCCUGGGACGCAUCAUCCCUGGAUCAUCCAUCCUCUUCCUGUGCGACAUGCAGGAGAAGUUCCGCCAUGUCUUGUUCUUCCCCCAGAUCGUCUCUGUGGCUGCCCGCAUGCUCAAGGUGGCCCAGCUCCUGGAUGUGCCAGUGGUGCUGACUGAGCAGUACCCACAAGGCCUGGGCCCCACGGUGCCCGAGCUGGGGGCUGAGGGUCUGCAGCCACGGCCCAAGACCUGCUUCAGCAUGGUGCCCGUGGUGCAGCAGGAGCUGGACGCGCGGCCCCAGCUGCGCUCUGUGCUCCUCUGUGGCGUGGAGACACAAGCCUGCAUCUUGCACACAGCCCUGGACCUCCUGGACCAAGGGCUGCAGGUCCACGUGGUGGUGGACGCCUGCACCUCCCGCAGCCAGGUGGACCGGCUGGUGGCGCUGUCCCGGAUGCGCCAGAGCGGCGCCUUCCUUUCCACCAGCGAAGGGCUCAUCCUGCAGCUCGUGGGUGAUGCCGCCCACCCCCGGUUCAAGGAGAUCCAGAAGAUCAUCAAGGAGCCCGCCCCAGACAGCGGGCUGCUGGGCCUCUUCCAUGGCCAGAACCCCCUCUUCCGCUGAACUCCCUACCCUGCCUUGAGGGGAGACCACCUUCUCGUCCCUGGGACCUUGGCAGAAGCGCUUUCCCCCCCAUUCUUGGAUCCCAAGAGUGGUGCAGUCCACCGGGGGUACCGCCCCCUCAGGAGGGGAUGUGGGUGCCGCUUUUCCAUUGGAUGGCAGCUCCCGGAAAUGCAAAGGAGACUCUUGGAAGCUGGGCGGGGGUUGGCUGAGCCGAGCUGGAGGUGGAGCUCGGCCCCGGGCCACUUCAAGGGGCGGCAGUGGGAGGGGGAGGGAGUGUCACAGG